UGUCUGUGUGUGGUAGCUGGUCUGGUUGUCUAUGGAUGCGUGUGUCGAUAAAAACGUUAGCUUUCAGAAAAAGACUCAGAAGACUUCAGAUGAAAUGGUCCAACAGUAGGCUGGCUCAAAGAUUCACAUUUGCCGUGUGAUCUGAAGAGGAGAAGGAUGGAGGUCAGCAUGUCACUGGGCGGCCAGGACAACAUCCUCUUGGCCAACUGCAUCGACCAGUCAGGAAGCCGUCUCAAACCUUCCCACGAGGAGCUGGAUAGAAGCUCCAGCCCCUCGGUUCUCCGCUCUGUGACCACCACGUGGAAGGAGGGUCUGCUGAACAGAAAGAGGCCGUUUGUGGGCAGAUGUUGUCACUCCUGCACCCCUCAGAGUCAGGAAAGACUGUUUAAUCCCAGCAUCCCCUCCUUGGGGCUUCGCAAUAUAAUUUACAUCAAUGAAACCCACACAAGACACAGAGGCUGGCUCGCUCGAAGACUGAGUUACGUGUUGUUUGUCCUUGAGAGAGAUGUUCGAAAGGACAUGUUUACGCGCAAUGUGGUGGACAAUGUUCUGAGCAACAACAGAGUGGAGAAUGCUAUCGUUCAGGUGGCAUCAGAAUCCAGUGACGUCGAGUCCGGGCCAGACCAAAAGGCUGUCAGUAAGGUGAGACGAAAGGCCAGGGGUUUCCUGCAGGAAAUGGUGGCCAAUAUCUCACCUGCAUUCAUCAGAUUAACUGGCUGGGUGUUGCUGAAAUUAUUCAAUGGCUUCUUCUGGAGCAUUCAGAUCCAUAAAGGGCAGCUGGAGAUGGUGAAAAAAGCUGCGUCAGAGCAUAACGCCCCUUUGGUUUUCCUCCCCGUGCACAAGUCUCACAUAGACUACCUCCUCGUUACCUUCAUCCUUUUCUGCCACAACAUCAAGGCCCCUCACAUCGCCGCCGGCAACAAUCUCAACAUCCCCAUCCUCAGCACGUUAAUACGCAAACUGGGUGGAUUCUUCAUCCGUCGUAAAAUGGACGAGAGCUCGGAGAAGAAGGACGUUUUGUACAGAGCUUUGUUACACGCGUACACAGAGGAGCUGCUGAGACAACAGCAGUUUCUGGAGGUCUAUUUGGAGGGCACGCGCUCUCGCAGUGGCAAGCCGUCACCGGCGCGCGCGGGCAUGCUGUCCAUCGUGGUGGACACACUGUGCACCAGCAAAAUCCCAGACGUGCUCAUCGUGCCCGUGGGCAUCUCUUACGACCGCAUCAUCGAGGGGAACUACAACAGCGAGCAACUGGGGAAGCCUAAGAAGAAUGAGAGCUUGUGGGGUGUUGCCUGUGGCGUGUUCAGAAUGCUCCGGAAGAACUACGGCUGUGUGCGCGUGGACUUCACGCAGCCUUUCUCACUGAAGGAGUACCUGGACACCCAGCGAAGCCGUCACCUCCCAGCUCCUCUAACCCUGGAGCAGAUCCUCAUUCCGACCAUCACCGCUGCACAGCCUGACCAGGCCCUUGUCAACGGUGAGGAAGAGGAGCAUCUGAAUUCCGGAGACUUGUCCGACGAGCCCUGGAGAAGACAGGUCAUCGCUAACCUGGCCAAACACGUUCUUUUCACCGCAAACAAGUCCUCAGCGAUUAUGUCCACUCACAUUGUGGCGUGUUUACUUCUCUACAGACACAGACAAGGUGUUCUCCUGUCUAAACUGGUGGAGGACUUCUUUAACAUGAAGGAGGAAAUCCUGUCACGGGACUUUGACCUCGGUUUCUCUGGCAACUCUGAAGACGUGGUCAUGCACGCGCUCAACCUCCUAGGUAACUGCGUUAACGUGACCAGCGCCAACCGCAACACGGAGUUUAUCAUCGCCCCCAGGCGGACCGUCCCGGCGCUCUUCGAACUCAACUUCUACAGCAACGGACUCUUCCACGUCUUCAUCACAGACGCCAUCAUAGCCUGCAGUGCUCUGGCCUUGUUAAAGGAACAAGGCACAGAGGAAUCCCAGUCGGAGCGAAGCUGCUCACACGCUCUCCUAAGCCAGGAGAGACUCAUCUGUAAAGCCGCCGGCCUCUCCCACUUUUUAUCCAAUGAGGUGGCCGUCGCUCUGCCCUGCCAGACCAUCUACCAGGUCUUCCACGAGGCUGUGACCAGGCUUAUCCAGUACGGGGUUCUGAUCGUGGCUGAGGAGGACCAAGAGGAGCUCAGCCCUUCAGAGGAGACCUGGCCUAAGAAGUUUCCGGAGCCACUGUCCUGGAGAAGCGACGAGGAGGAUGAGGACAGUGACUUUGGGGAGGAACAAAGAGACCGAUACCUGAAGGUCAGUCAGUCACCAGACCAGCAGGAGUUCUUCACCUUCCUGCAGCAUUUGCUAAGCCCAGUUUUGGAGGCCUACAGUGGGGCAGCUAUCUUCAUACACAGCCUGAGUUCUCCCAAGUCAGAGAGGGAAUUCACCCAGCAGCUCUUCAGAUACCUGCUCACCCGUACAGAGAAGGGAAUCGCCGCUUACGGAGAGAGCGCUACGCACUACCUCGUGAAGAACACAGUGAAAACGUUUAAAGAGCUGGGGGUGCUGAAAGAGAGGCGGGAGAACGGUCAAUCGCGUCUGGAGCUGAGCAACAUGUUCACGCGUCAGGCCAACAGGAACAAGCUCUUGGAGUACAUCCUGGGUUUCACUCUCCUGUGAACCCACACCGGGUCCAAAUAACAAGCAAACACCCUUCUGAAAGGGCUUUUACUGGCUUCUCCCAACCACUAGAGGUGCUACUCUAUGGAAAGCUUUACCUGGAAGUGCCUUCACAUACACAGUUUUAACUCUGGACCUGAGCCAGUCUUCCCCUUUUCCAGGACUUUCCGUACACAAUAGAGAGUGUGCAGCUAAUUCAGUCAGUAACCCAAGCCGUCUUUGAACAGAGUCCUCCUCUAAUUCAACCGUAUAGACAUUUAGUGUUUUUUUUUUAAAGCAUGUUUUUUGUGCUGGUGGAAGCCCCUUUGGUUUUGCUGUGUGAAGUAAUGUCUCAUUAGUUGCUGCUGAUAGUUCUGAUUUAGCUGCCUUACCGUUUAGGACAGUGAAUGACCGACAUUUUUUCAGCAAAAACAACAGCUAGUGAUCGUAAAUUGUUAUAAAAAAAGGGCAUUUAACUCUUUAAAUCAUUAGUACUGUCAUAAAACGUGUAUACGAAGCAGGUGUUUUAUGAUCUUGUAAAUGGUAGAAUUUGGGAAUAAUGGAAAAGAAAACAUGAUAACAGUUACUAAGCUUAAUAAUUGUCCAAUCUGUCCUGUUACUGGUCCUGCACUGUAUGGAGCAUAGGGUAGUUAGAGUUAGAGGGCCAAGUUUACAAUCUUUAAGAAUAUGCUUAAAAGCCCAGAAAUGAUAGGGUAGUCAUAACAGGAUAAGGAAAAGAAAAAUUUCAGCUUUUUAUUCCCUGAACAAAUGAAUCAAUAGAACUUCAAAUGUAAUGAAUAUUCAGGUCACUUCACUGAUGAUCAUUCUAUUUCAUUCCCUUUUUUUGGGGGGGGGGGGGGCGUCAUUACAGCUCAGCAGUCAUGGUGUUUCAAAAACUUUGCAAAUGCAGAAUUCUGAACAAAUUUUUCUCUCCGUUACAAAUAUGGGUGGUCUUUCCAUCUCACAGUACUUUCCAAUAAUAGUCCUUUUGAAUGUUCUGAACCCCAGAAUGACUAGAUAUACGCACAUGUCCUUUUUGAGAAGAGCACUGUGUCACACGGAAAAGAUGGAACUGUGAUUUAAAAAACGGCUGCCUGGGGAAUCGAAUUUUCUUGUCAAAUUGCAGCGCCGCUUUCCGGUUGCUUUCAUUCUUAUGGAACGAUGUUUUACGUGAGCGUAGAGGGUGAACUGUUUCCUUACAGCACACUCAUGAUAAGAUUUACUGAAGCUUCUUGAACAUGCAUUUUUGUCAUUUCAGAAAAAGUUGGACCUGCAGCCAGGGACUGAUCUAGAUUAAAGGAAUGCGUCGCACAAGCGGCACAGUGUAAGCAGGGUUAAAGUAUUUGUCCAUAGUAUCCCAAAUGGUCCUGUAGGAAUAAGCUUGUAGGCAUGUUACGAUAUUCUCUGAAUGCUUUCAUCAUUGCACACUGCCAGUAAUACAAGACGCACACGCAAUACGUUUGUUUUACAAAACCCAUAGAGAGCGAGGUGUUCUGUGAUUGAUUACUAUAUUUGGGACAUUUUGUUCUUUUUUUGUUUUGGUUUUUUGUUUUUGUUUUCUUGUUUUUUUUUGACAAAUUAAUCUGGUUUUACUCUUUGCAGUCAGGAGUUAGUUUGGACCUUUAUACCUGUGAAAGGGUCAUAGUGUGUACAUUUACAGUCUGCGUACAGUGUAUGUAUUUGUGUGUUCGUUGUUUCUAUGUCUGUGAGCUUAGUUCUUUGUUGUCUUUUUGUUUGUUUGUUUGUUUUUUUGUGUGUUUUUGGUUCGCUUAUUGCCCCUCCCAAAACAAAGCACAGAUGCGUUAUAACUGUAAAAUCUGACAAGGUACUAUUGGAAAUCUUGCCUUCGUAGCUGACUUACGUUUCCAAGGGACUUUUGGUCAAAAAGCCAACACCUAAAUGAAUGUUCACUUAGAGCACAUGAGCCUUUGUCACCUGUGCAUGUACCGGGACAGCUUUGUUCCUUUUUGCUUGUAUGUGUGCGUUUACACUGAGUUACACUGAUCAUGUGAUUGUAUGUCAUUUCUGUAUCACACAGGGAAAAAAAAAAGUUCUGUUUAGUUUUGUCCGUCAUAGAUUAACUGCCUCAGUCCUAUCACAUUCAGGCAAACAAAAUGGUUCCUUUUUACAACCACAUGAAUGAACAGUUUCACAUUAGAACAGUUUUAUUCUCCUGCUUUUUUUGUAAACAAGCAAGAGUUUUUUUUUUUCAGUUUUCUUCUUCUUUUUGUUUCUUUUUUUCAUGAUGAGGUGAUAUUUGUCAAUCAAUUUGCCUUA